AGACUAAAGUUUGUUAUCAUUUCAGAAGUAAAAAAUGCCACGUGGUCCAAAGAAGCAUUUGAAGCGUCUCAAUGCCCCCAAGGCAUGGAUGCUGGACAAACUCGGAGGAGUGUUCUCCGUCAAGCCCAGCUCCGGACCCCAUAAGAUGUCUGAGUCCCUUCCCAUCACCAUCUUCCUAAGGAACCGUCUUAAGUUCGCCUUAAACAUGAAGGAGGUCUCUACUAUUGUGAAGCAGCGUCUUAUCAAGAUCGACGGUAAGGUGAGGACUGAUCCCAAGUUCCCCACCGGAUUCAUGGAUGUCGUCCAAGUUGAGAAGACUGGAGAAAACUUCAGGAUUAUCUACGACGUGAAGGGUAGGUUCACCGUGCACAGGAUCACCGCACAGGAGGCCAAGUACAAGCUCUGCAAAGUCCGUGAGGUUAAGACCGGUCCUAAGGGAGUUCCAUUCCUGUACACCAGUGACGGACGUACCAUCAGGUACCCUGACCCCGUCAUUAGAGUGCACGACUCCAUCCAGCUGGACAUCGCCUCCGGCAAGAUCCAGGACGUAAUCAAGUUCGAUUCCGGAAACCUCUGCAUGGUGACUGGAGGACGUAACACCGGUCGUGUUGGCACCAUUAUGUCCAGGGAGCGUCACUCUGGAUCCUUCGAUAUUGUCCACGUCAAGGAUUCUAACGGUCACGUGUUUGCCACCAGGCUGAACUACAUCUUCAUCAUCGGUAAGGGGAACAAGCCCUAUAUCUCCCUCCCCAAGGGCAAGGGUAUCAAGCUCACCAUCGCCGAAGAGAGAGACAAACGUCUGGCCCAGAAGUAGACUGGCUCUUAUUCUGUUAUAUAUAUUUAUAACUGAAGCAUGUGCAAAUAAAAAUAUAAAACUUA